UCUGCGCCAGGCAAUCUAGGCUGCCGCGCCGCUACCCAGGCGCGAUGUAUCUCCGCAGGGUGGUCUCAAAGACCUUGGCGCUGCCGUUGAGGGCUCCCCCCAACCCCGCGCCGCUCGGGAAGGACGCAUCUCUUCGCUGGAUGUCAUCUAACAAAUUCCCUGGAACAUCUGGAUCCAAUAUGAUUUAUUAUCUGGUUGUAGGUGUCACAGUCAGUGCUGGUGGCUAUUAUACUUACAAGACAGUCACAUCAAAGCAAGCCAAACACACAGAACAUAUAACAAAUUUGAAAGAAAAAACAAAAGCAGAGUUACAUCCACUUCAAGGUGAAAAAGAGAAUGUGGCAGAAGCUGAGAAAGCGAGUUCAGAAGCUCUGGAAGUUUCUGUCGUGCAAGCUGAGGUGGUAGGUGCUGAAGAAAUUGCAGAGGCUGCAGUUGGGGACGUAGAAGAGUCCACGGGUCCAGGUGGUGUGGAGGCCACUAAGGAGGAGGUGACGGCUGUGGGUGCUGAAAUGGAGCCCAAGGUUACAAGUGCACAGACAGGUGACACCACAGAGGACGGUUCUGAAAUGACCCCAGAGGCUACGAAUGUAGCAGCAGGUGAAGGCAUUUCCACCUGCAACCAUCAAGGUAUUCCAGAGAACGACUGCUCCCAGGAAUGUGCUGAGCUGGAAGGAACUUCUCCAGCUGAUUCCCAGUCCUCUGCUGGGCCUUUGCAGGAAGAAGCUGAUGCUGGUUCCGAGGCUGCCUCAGGCUAAUCUCCUGCCAGUAGCA